AUGUGGCAACGGCAGGGCGAGCAACGUAAGGCUACGGCCGCAGCCACGACAGCGGCCGCCAAGGCCAAGACGAAAACGAAAUGCUUCAGACUCGUGACGAGUGCGCGUCUGCAUUGCCUGCUCUUGUAUCUCACCUGCUGUCUAUCGGUGACGGUUAGCGCGCAAAGUACACGUAGGCCAGGUGGCGCCACCGCCACCACCACUAAUAGUGAGCAACAAUGGCCGAAGCGCACGGGCGCGGGCGCGGGCGCUGGAGGGGGCAGUAGUUCUAGUGUAAAUAGUGUAACCAACAAAUACAACAGCAACAACAAUCAGAACAACAUCUGGCGACGUGUCCGCCUGGUUACAAGCGGCACGCAGGAGAGAGACCGAAAUGCCUACCAGGUGAUCAAAGCCAAUGCCACCACAACCAGCAGCACUACCACCACAACAACAUCAGCGACCACGACAACGACAGCGCCCACGUUAAGACGCAGCUCCAAGCAGCUGAUGCGUCGAGAGGAUCUCAAUUUGGUGGACCCUUCGCCACCCAGUAGUAAUGUCUCGAAUGCAGCUCGUUUGGAAAUGUCCACGGAAUUCUUUGUAGUGCCCACAGUGACGGCGUCCAGCAGUACAACGGCACCAGUGGGUGCUGCAGCCACACCCACUCGAAGUGGCGCUAGAUCCCGUGGUAUACUGCCAUCGCCUACGCACAGCAGCACGCGUCUCGGUACACGAUCAUCCAGUGCAGGCAAUGGCAUCAACGCCACACCGCCCACUAUUGUCUCCACCGCGCAUUUGCCCUUUGCCGGGCUUCGCAAGGAGCCGUGGGUGGUGCCGGUGCUGGUGUUGUCAACACUCACAAUGCUAAUGAUGGGCGCAUUCGAAAUUUUCGUGCUCUUCAAAGCCUGGCGCACGUCACCGUCGCGAAGACAUCUCUUCCUUGGACAGAUGCUGCUUCUGGGCCUAUUCGCGUGCGCUAGCCUUGGCGCUAUUAUAACCGCCCAACCCUCGCUGCUUAGCUGUGGCACUAUUCGCUUUGGCGUGGGUGUCGCAUAUGCGCUCGUAUUUGCGGCGCUACUCGUGAAAUGCGUCUUUCUGAUCAGCCUAAAUGGCGGCGUCUAUUUGCCUGCGCCUUAUCAGGGCUUACUGCUGCUUUUCGCCGUACUCAUUCAGGUCGCAAUCGGAGCGCAGUGGCUGCUUACACAGCCACCAGAGAUCUACAUGACAAGCGUGCCCGUUGUAGGCAGCGGCAUUCUCUCUUCGACGGUCGCCUCACAGACCAACUACACGGCCCUCUUCUAUCCCACAUCCUAUACGACGCUCGAUGGCACGCCGGAGAUUUAUACCCGUAUAGCGGCGGUUAGCACGGUGCUAAUUCCACUGUGCAAGACACAGUUCUCGGAGCUGCUCUUCUCGCUCAUUUACAUUGUCUUCCUCAUCGUGUUCAUAGCGGUAUUAGCUAUAAAGUCACGUGGGAUUCGUGACAAUUAUCGCGAGGCCACCUACAUUGGCUUGGCCAUUGGCGGCGCCAUUCCUAUUUGGUUAGGAUGGAUGCUUUGCGGUCUAGCCGUAGCAGAGCGGCACAAGGAUGCGUGCAUUGCCUUUGGAUUAGUUGCCACCUCGGCCACAGUGUUCCUGGUAAUGUUCAUGCCAAAGGGCCGACAGCUAGCGGCCAUGGGCAAGGAAGGGCUUUACGUUGAAGAUCGCGAGGAGCAGUUCAGUUCCUUGAGUCGCGCUGGAUCUGGCUAUUCGCCUUCGUUCUUUCACUUCAAGCCCAUCAAGUAUGGCGUCAUGAGUGGAUGCGGACUGCCCAACUCCGCAUCUAAUACCGGCAAUGGAGUCAGCUCCAAACAUUGUACGAGUGCCAAUAAUGGCGGAGAUCGCGUCGCUCUGGUCACCGCCGCACCGCCCAGCUAUACACGUAUGUAUCACUAUUUUCCAGCACACUUGAGCGCGCACCCGUUUUGCUAUUAUCCACCCCCACCACCACCGCCGGCACAACUUGCACCACCACCAGCGCCACCGCCGCUGACCGCCCAGCUGGCCACACCACUAACGCUCAAGCAAUUGGGCAAUUCGCUAACGUCCAUGACACAGGCGGCGCAGCUGGCCAAAACACUGCGCUACGCGCCAGGCAUGUUCAUUCGACCCGACGAAACGAAUCUUUAUACGACGCUGGAGCCCACGUUGAGCAGCAACCCGAAUGUCUAUUUUCAGCGCAGUGGAGCCGUGCAUCCGGGCAUCCUGUAUUGA